AUCACUUCACUCUCACACACACAACGUGCAGUCGCGCGGUGAGCGGUGGAGCGAACGAUCCCGAGGCAGCCCAUAGUUGUGUAGCUGUACAGAGGGUGACUGACAGAGGACCAAAACGCUGGCAACUAAUGGACAUAUAGUAUAUUGUUUUUUGUUUUUUUACUCUGGAACCCUCUGCUACGGGAACAUAUUGAGGAUUAGCUUAGCAGCUGGUGAGAAUGUUCCAAACUAAGCACAGGAUGCUGCUAUAAAACUGGUCCGGAGACGUACUAUAUAUGGUUGUUUCCGUAUCCGAGGAGGGGACAACAAUCUGAUGUGCAGCGCUUCAGGUCACCAAGUUGUUUUCUGCCGGCAAUUAACGCACUCGAUUUGAUAUCAGGGGGACCGUCAUUGGAUUUGAAGGAAUAGGCUAACCGUCGUCGGCUGAUCAAGUGGAUUGUUUGUUGUUGGGGUGUUUUAUCACGGGGAGUGCGUUGUUCAUGUAUUGUGGAUUCCUACUUGUGGGGAGAUAUUGAGGGCUGAAGUGGCUUCGUUCAGGAGAGGAGAGGGAUCGAAGCUUCUAGCCCGGCUGAAGCGCUCAGAACUGGGAUAGGCUACUGAGGAGUUCUCAUCCAUCCAAGACCGAUGCGUUUCCAGCCAAGGGGAGUGAUGGUGCUGAGGUGGGAUGCCACGCUGGGGCUGGUGGCCAUGCUUCUGGUUUGCUGUGCUGCCGAUCCCACUGACAUUCUCUACCGGAUGCUCGAGGAGCAGCCGCCCAACACGUUGAUCGGCAGCCUGGCAUCGGACGAGGGCCUGCCCGACUCAGGCCACCUGUACAAGCUGGAGGUGGGCACCCCUUACCUGCGCGUGGACGGCAAGACGGGAGACAUUUACACCACAGAGGUCCCCAUCGACCGUGAGACACUGCGGGACUGCCGCAACCUGUUCGAGGGCGACAAGUGCUUCCUGGAGUUCGAGGUGUCCAUCACGGACCUGAAGCAGGGCCAGGGGCCGCGGCUGAUCGAGGGCCGCAUCGAGGUGCAGGACGUCAAUGACAACACACCCCAGUUCACCUCGCCCAUCCUCAUGCUGUCCAUCCCAGAGAACACACACAUCGGGGCGCUCUUCUCCAUCCCCAUGGCCAGCGACAAGGACUCGGGCCACAAUGGCGUGGCCGAGUACUCGCUCAGCGCCGGGCCUGACGCCGACCAGCUCUUCAGCCUGCAGGUGGCCGAGGACACAGACGAGAAGCAGCCGCAGCUCAUCGUCAUGGGCAACCUGGACCGCGAGCAGAAAGACUCGUACGAUCUCAACAUCCGUGUGGUGGACGGGGGCACACCACCACGAGCCAGCAGCGCCCUGCUGAGGGUGACCGUCACCGACCAGAACGACAACGCACCCAAGUUUGAGAGGAGCCACUAUGAGGCUGAGCUGGCUGAGAACAGCCCUGUGGGACACUCAGUCUUGCAGGUGAAAGCCAACGACGCUGACAUGGGUACCAACGGGGAGAUCGACUAUAGCCUGCACCAGGCCUCCGAUGCCGUCCAGAGGUUGCUACGCAUUGACCGCUCCACAGGGAUCAUCUACGUCAAGGGGCUGGUGGACCGAGAGGAGGAGAGCUUCCUCAAGUUCUUCGUGGUGGCCAAGGAUCGCGGCCCCAACUCCAAGAGCUCCAAAGUCCUGGUGACCAUCAACGUCAAGGACCAGAACGAUAACGCACCCGCCAUCGAGAUCCGUGGCAUCGGCCUGGUCACCCACCACGACGGUGUGGCCAACAUCUCAGAGGACAUGCCCAUCGGCACGCCUGUAGCCCUGGUGCAGGUGUCGGAUCGUGAUGAAGGGGAGAAUGCUGUGGUCACCUGUGUGGUGGCCGGGGACGUCCCCUUCCAGCUGCGGCCCGCCAGCGAGUCAGCUAACGACCGCAAGAGGAAAUACUUCCUGCAGACCACGACCCUGCUAGACUAUGAGCGCAUCAAGGACUACAGGAUUGAAAUAGUAGCGGUGGACUCCGGUAACCCUGCACUGUCCAGCACAAACUCCCUGAAGGUGCAAGUCACCGACAUGAAUGACAAUGCCCCUGUCUUCUCCCCCACCCUGUUUGAGGUGGACUUUGCAGAGGAGAAUCAGCCAGGUGAUAAGGUCCUGGAUGUGGUGGCCACAGAUGCGGACAGUGGGUCCAACGCAGAGCUGACCUACAGCAUCAUCAUGGACUCGACCACUAAGGGGCUCUUUGAGAUCGACCCCAAAACGGGAGAGGUGCACGUGAGGAAUACGCUGGACCGUGAGCACAGGGAGCAGUACGAGUUCCACGUGGCGGCAGCCGAUAAGGGCUCGCCUAGCCUGAGGGGGACGGCCACGGUGGUGGUCAAGGUGCUGGACCGUAACGACAACGACCCCAAGUUCAUGUUGAGCGGCUACAGCUUCUCCGUCUUGGAGAACAUGCCUCCGCUCAGCCCUGUUGGCAUGGUGACGGUCAUUGACGCAGAUAAGGGCGAGAACGCCAUGGUGCGACUCUCGGUGGAGCCCGACAAUGGCAAGUUUGUCAUCCAGAAUGGCACAGGUACUAUCCUCUCCAGCAUAUCCUUUGACCGUGAGAAGGAGAGCACAUACACUUUCCGCCUCAGGGCUGUGGACGCCGGUGACCCUCCCAGGUCGUCCUACGUGGGUGUGACCAUCAACGUCUUGGACGAGAACGAUAACUCCCCCUACGUAACCAAGCCCUCUAACUCCUCCUAUAAGUACCUCCCACCUCUCACGACCCCCGAGACACGCGUUGAAGUGGUGGAGGCCGAAGACAUCGACACGGGACCCAACGCCGAGCUGGUCUUCAGCAUUACCGGCGGGAACCCCUACGGACUGUUUCACAUCUCGUCCAACAAUGGGGAGAUCACCCUGGCCCAGGAGUUCACCCGCAAGCACAACGGGCUCCACCGUCUGGUGGUGAAGGUGAGCGACAAAGGCAAGCCACCACGCCACACCACCGCCCUGGUCCACAUCUUCGUCAAUGAGACCAUGGGCAACAUCACCCUGAUCGAGUCUCUGGUGGGUCACAGCCUCUACACUCCUCUGGACAGAGACAUUGCCGGGGACCCCAACUAUGCGCUGGCCCAGCGCAGCAACAUCCUGUAUGGCAGCCUAGCGGGCAUCGCCGGAGUCAUCCUGGUCAUUGUGGUGGUGGUGGUGAUCCGUCAUCGCAUGCAGAAGGAUACCAAGAGCGGCUACCAGGCGGGCAAGAAGGAGAGCAAGGACCUGUAUGCCCCCAAAGCAGGGCCCAAGAAUGGCAAGGGCAAAAAGAGCAAGAAGGGCAAGGUGCCCAAGCCCACCAAGCCACUGGAGGAGGACGAAGAGGCCAGCCUCCAGAAGGGCCUCAACUUCAACCUCAUAAACGAUAGUGUCAAUGACAGUCCCCGGAUCCACCUGCCCCUCAACUAUCCCCCGGGCAGCCCCGACCUGGGCAGACACUACCGCUCCAACUCCCCACUGCCCUCCAUUCAGCUGCAGCCCCAGUCCCCCUCUGCCUCCAAGAAGCACCAAGCCGUUCAGGACCUGCCCGCCACCAACACCUUUGUGGGCACAGGUGACAACAACUCUACAGGCUCCGAUCAAUAUUCGGAUUACAGCUACAAGGCAAACCCGCCGAAAUACAGCAACAAACAGCUCCCCCAUCGCCGAGUGACCUUCUCCACGGCCAAUCAGGCUCAAGACCUGCAGGACCCCUCCCAGCACAGCUACUACGACAGCGGAUUGGAGGAAUCGGAGACCCCCAGCUCCAAAUCGUCAUCGGGGCCCCGCAUUGGGCCCCUGGCCCUGCCUGAGGACCACUACGAGAGGACCACCCCGGACGGCAGUAUCGGAGAGAUGGAGCACCCGGAGAACGAUCUCAGGCCUCUGCCUGAUGUGGCCAUGACUGGGAACUGCACCCAUGAGUGUACCGAGUUCGGCCACUCCGACGCCUGCUGGAUGCCUGGCCAGCCCUCCCCCAAUCGUAAGAGCUCCACCAAGAACGCCCCCAAGCUCUCCACCUUCGUGCCUUACCUGGAGAGUGAGGGGCAGGACCACCUCAUGGCCAACGGCAGUCCCAAGCCCAUGGCAGACGAGCGUGGGAGUGCUGGAGGUGGCAGCGGAGGCUCCAAGGUGGCUAACAUCCGCUUCCUGCCCCCUUACAGCAGUGCCUUCUCCGGGGGCAGCGACUCCGGCAAAGGCUGCGAGGAGAUUCCCCUGAGCCAGGCAGCCGAGUACCAGUCCGCCACCACACCCACCAACCAGGGCUCCAAGAGAGAGAUUUACCUGUGAGGGCGAUGAUGUGGCCACCACCCCACCACCUUCACCCUUACCCUUAUGCCCACUGUUCCUGACCCCAUGCCCUCAGGCCUACCCCCUCACUACCCCUGUGCCUAGCUGCUGUGUCGUCUAAGAAGUGCCAUAGCACCACCACCACCCUCCUUUUUAUAACCACCUCCCACCGUAUGAGGCUUUAGAAUCCACAAAACCUCCAAUUAAUUAAAUAAAGAGUACAAAUCGGUCAGCCCAACAAAGAAGAUACUUGGCGAGUGCAAAUUCUACUGACAGAAUGUAAACUACACUAUCAUUUAAACAUUGUGAUAACUUAAUUGGAGACUAUUUAGUUAUGAUUGCGUGUUCAAGUUUUUUUUUUACAAUGAAUUUCUGUUGGAGUUCCGUUGGAACUGAAAACAAUGAGGGUAGAAAAGUGUUCUUGUAAAAUAGACACAUGAAUAUACAGUGUUUUGUUUCCUUUUUUUUAGAAGUGAGUGUCGGUCUCAACUCUGGGACCUCCAAUUAAUAAGCAAUAAGGCACGAGGGGGUGUGGUAUAUGGCCAAUAUACCACGGCUAAGGGCUGUUAUUAGCACGACACACCGCGGAGUGCCUGGAUACAGCCAUUUGCCGUAUUUUGGCCAUAUGCCACAAACCCAUGAGGUGCCUUAUUGCUAUUAUAAAGUGGUUACUAAUGUAAUUAGAGCAGUACAAUAAAUGUACCCAUGGUAUACGGUCUCAUAUACCAUGGCUGUCAGCCAAUCAGCAUUCAGGCCUAGAACCACCCAGUUUAUAACUAGAAUUAGAGCGGUGUUUCUCUUGCCUGACUACCCAAACUCCUUGCUCCUGCAAAAUGCUACACCACACCCAAGGAUGUUAGUUUCUUCUCCGCAAUGAGUCAUGAUCCGAGUAUCUUGCGCAGCGAUUUCUAGAAGAGGAAAAAAAGCACUCUAGCCAUUCUGAUUGGUACCAGAAACCAAUGGGUUUGGACAGAGCCAGAACACGUGGAUAAAGCGGCAGUUUGAAAAUUCGACAUUGGCUUUGAUACUCUGAUUGGUUAGAGAUGAUCCAAUCACUGAUUACUAUGUUUUGUACACCACCCCUCAUUUUAGUCGACACCACAAACAACUUCAAUGAUGGCAGUCUCAGACUGAAGUAUGUAGCGAACUAUAGAGCCGUGGAAGAAUUCAGUUUGAGUCGUCAGGCAAGUCCUGCUCCUACUCAAGAGGACACAGCUGACUGGUAAUUUUGCCAUCCUUUGCUCAACAUAAGACAUUACAGUCCUCAACACAUUUUUCACAACCAAGGGGUCUUUAUCAAUGUACAGAGCUGUAAAUACAAUGGACAUGAGUUAGACUUUAAGCGUUUUAUUAGAUUAUUUUCCUUUGGCUGUAUAGAGCUUCAAUAAGAGCUGUACCUUUUUGAGUCAUUGUCGUUAUGAUCUCACAGUGAUGUGGAACCUUUGUUGGUUGGUUGUGUUAUCCAUGAUGCACCGGUUGACAAUACCAAGUGUAACACUGGGAGGAUUUAUAACCUUUGACACAUCACUGAACAUGUGAAGCUACAGUACACAUUUGUGACGUUGUAUUCCUCAUCUUUACUAUGAUCUUGGACAAAAGAAAAACACUUGAGAAAAAAAUGGUGCUGGUGUUAAAUGUGUUGGCUGAAGGGGAUGUCAAUGUCUACUGCUGUGCAUUUUCAGUCCCUCGCCACCCAAAUCUCAAACUCCUUGAUUGAGGUCUCACCGAAGGAUCAAUUCACACCAGGUAUCCAGUUGGAGAGCAACAAGAAACAGCUUGCUUUUGUUAAGGUGUAUCGUUCCAUGGUGCACAUACUCCAUAACUCUAACUCUCAUGUAUUGCAAUCUCUAGUUUCUAAGUUUGGCAAUUCAGUAGUCAUCUUUGUGAAAACUGAUGGUAUUUAUCACCUGCUGUUCCAAGUCAGUUCCCCACUGUAGCACGGCUGUUAGAGACCUGCUGUGGGUGUGAGGUAAAGUCUGUCCUGGUCCUGUGGUGUGAUGGUGGUAGUAGUUGGAGAGUUGGGGAGGAUUCACAGCUCUCCUAUACACUAGCGCGCUAACCCCGCUAACCCCGCCCUGCAGAGGCAUUGCUCUAAUUGAGCCUGGAGGCAUCGUUCAUUAGCAGUGAUCAUUUCCACAUCUCAAAACCGAGCAGGGUGUCCUGGCGGUUUGGAAGUUAAUUUGGAGUCUCAUAAUAAUAACUGCUGACAGUAAUGGGGAUUUCACCUGUGGCAAUGAGCAUCAGCCAUGAUUGGACUAAUGAAAACGCAUUGAGGAGAAAAAAGAGAGUGUGAAAAAGACCUCCAGACUACUAACACUACAGCUGGAGCUCUUGCACAACAUAAACACCACCGCAGGAUACACUCAAAGAGACUGUUGUUGUUAUGGCUUGCUAGGAUACAAAACAUGAUUCAGGUGAGGUCAUUUAAGGGUCAUGGCAUCAAAAAGCUAAGAUCACAAGGUCAGGCCAGUAUGUGUAUCUUAUGUUCCUGUGUCUGACCGUAGACUGCAUUUUUUGUGUAUGCAUUUCUAGUAUGCUUUGAAUUACAGUUCACAUUCAACAAGUCCAUGGCUGACUUGAUUGUGCGUGCUUCAAUGUAUAACAUGAUUUACAUGUGACUAAAUGGUUAACCAUUGUAAAUAAUGCAUCAUUUAAAAAUCUCAGUCAUGGGUCUAUCAUGGUGACAAUCAAUCCCUGUGACUUUUGAAAAAGCACGUAUUUUAUUUAAAGCCACAUAAUAAAGGGAUCGUCUACAAGAACAUAAAAGGCAUGAAAGAAACGGUGGGCAGCAUUGAAUCUGUUUUGAAUCUGUUUGAAAUGAACUGUAUUUCAGUUCUACUGGGCUAUGUCAACAUUGUACAAUAUACUACAUUAAUUAAUGAAUACAAUUUUCAUCAUCACCUAUUCUAAUGAACACAAAGUAAUGUUCAACCAAAUACUCCCAAUGACUUCUCCACAGGAAGGUCCAUACACAGUAACAGCUAGGGUCUUGGACCUCAAGUAACUGUUCAUUCAAAGUAUAUCUCAAUGUUGAUUUCAUGUCCUUGUUUGAUAAUGUAUAGAUCAAACACUGGUCCGAUAUUAAGUCACUGGUUUCCCCCGUGGUGUUCCUUCACAGCAAACACACAUUUUUCUCCCUGACAGGGCCUCUAGUCCCCUGGUUCUCCCUGACAGGGCCUUUAGAUUCCUGGUUCUCCUAGACAGGGCCUCUAGUCCCCUGGUUCUCCCUGACAGGGCCUUUAGAUUCCUGGUUCUCCUAGACAGGGCCUCAAGUACCCUGGUUCUCCCUGACAGGGCCUUUAGAUUCCUGGUUCUCCUAGACAGGGCCUCUAGUCCCCUGGUUCUCCCUGACAUGGCCUUUAGAUUCCUGGUUCUCCUAGACAGGGCCUCAAGUACCCUGGUUCUCCUAGACAGGGCCUCUAGUCCCCUGGUUCUCCCUGACAGGGCCUUUAGAUUCCUGGUUCUCCUAGACAGGGCCCCUAGUCCCCUGGUUCUCCCUGACAGGGCCUUUAGAUUCCUGGUUCUCCUAGACAGGGCCUCUAGUCCCCUGGUUCUCCCUGACAGGGCCUUUAGAUUCCGGAUUCUCCUAGACAGGGCCUCUAGUCCCCUGGUUCUCCCUGACAGGGCCUUUAGAUUCCUGGUUCUCCUGGACAGGGCCUCUAGUCCCCUGGUUCUCCCUGAUAGGGCCUUUAGAUUCCUGGUUCUCCUAGACAGGGCCUCAAGUCCCCUGGUUCUCCCUGACAGGGCCUUUAGAUUCCUGGUUUUCCCUGACAGGGCCUCUAGUCCCCUGGUUCUCCCGGACAGGGCCUCAAGUCCCCUGGUUCUCCCCGACAGGGCCUCUAGUCCCCUGGUAACCUCCCCGACAGGGCCUCUAGUCCCCUGGUAACCUCCCCGACAGGGCCUCUAGUCCCCUGGUAACCUCCCCGACAGGGCCUCUAGUCCCCUGGUAACCUCCCCGACAGAGCCUCUAGUCCCCUGGUAACCUCCCCGACAGGGCCUCUAGUCCCCUGGUAACCUCCCCGACAGGGCCUCUAGUCCCCUGAUAACCUCCCCUGCCCACCCAUGGACUGAUCAGGACCUCCAGUGCCGGAGGGAUAGAUUCUAAGCCCUUCUGAGCUCCAUCUCCUGAGUUGACAUAGCUGAUAUACAGCUGAUAUACAGAGGGCUGACGGGGUAGAGGGCUGCAGGGAGGACGGGGAGAAGGGGUCCUUGAACAACAAAUGGGGAGGGAGAUGGAGAUAGAGAUGGAGUGAGAGUAAAUGAUUUGUGAAGGGGGUAGGUCAUGUGGCACCAAUUAACCCCAGCUUUUUGUGGUGGUGCGGAGAAGCUGACCUUUGAGAUGCGAUGCUAUUUGCUUUUCUUUAACCUUUGAGGCUCAAUGUGAACACACAGUGAAAUUUGAUAGGGGAUGAGGAGUGUGUGUGUGUGUGUGUGUGUGUGUGUGUGUGUGUGUGUGUGUGUGUGUGUGUGUGUGUGUGUGUGUGUGUGUGUGUGUGUGUGUGUGUGUGUGUGUGUGUGUGUGUGUGUGUGUGUGUGUGUGUGUGUGUGUGUGUGUGUGUGUGUGUGUGUGUGUGUGUGUGUGAACACUCGCUUGUAUGUAGCACACAGGUGUUUUUUCUGUAUUUGUAGCUUUAGAGGUGCUGCCUGCAUACUGUAAAAAGAUGGCUCCACCUAAGCUCUAUGGACUCUUCUGACAGUCUCACAAACUCUCACUCUCUCCAACGGGAAUCACCUGGAGUUUAUCCCUAGAGAGGAGCUGUCACAGAUACGGGCAGGAGAAGACUGUGUGCGUGUGUGCGCGUGCAUGCAUAUGAGAGAGUGUGCACGUGUGUCCAGCACCGCUGCAGCAGCAUCCUAUUUUAUGCUGAGGCAAAGCAUGCCUGUGUUGAUUUGGUUGGUUUAUUGCUUUGUGUGUGCAUUUUAUUCAAUUGUAUUCCUUAAUUCAUGAAGCAUGUAGAACUCUUUACCUCAACGGAUCGGCUUAUACAGUAACUGGCCCGUGAAACAUGGAAUGCAGUCAGUGCAGACAGGCGUAACAUGGAUAACAAGGGAUAGUAUUUGGCACAUCUUUUUCACAUCCCCUUUGUGUUUUUGUGCUCAGUAAUGUUCAAAUCCUCAUCAUGAUGAUACUUCCACCUCGUUUGCUUUUAAGAGACUAUUUCACAGAUUCAGAGAAUUGGGUGUGCUCAUAAAUAUGGUUGGAUAUUAAUUAUAGUGAAUAGAAAAUGGAAUGUAGAUCAGUACUUGUAAUGUUAUCAAGGGAUUCCCUUGUUGGUCUAUAUAUCUUGAUUCCUAAGUAUUCAUUAAAGCAACCUAGAAUGAGUUUAGAGUGCUAAUUGAAAUCACUUUGCUUUCCAGUGUGUGACUUUUAGGUGUGUGUUUUGAAAAUGGCUCAGUCAAUGGUAUGCGGAGUGGCAUUGAGCCCUCAUUUGUAGGACCCCACCAUUAUAACGAUAUCACUGGGGUGGGCAGUUCAAUCCGAAGCCCACCUCCAAGGUCUAUCAAUUACGUUGAAGCUCCAAUCACAUCACAUUAUGGUGUCAAAUCAUACCAGCAGAACAAACAAUACACAGUUAAUCAAGGUGCAAAUAUCAACUGGGGCUGGUCAAAGAAAUAGGUCGGUGCUGGUUGUUCCUGAUGAGGAGAUUUAGUAGAGCAUGAAAAAGCCAAUUUUAUAAAUAUAUACAUUUUUGUUGUUGUCUACGUUGUUUUAUUAAUAGAAUAAAAACAACACAGCUAUAAACAUAUACAUAUAAAUGGUAUUUGCUAUUUUUACCAGAGGCAUUGGAUUUUUGGCUUUGUAAAAUAUGUCCUGCAUUUCCACAAGGCAGACUGUGUUCUACGUUUCCUGUUUCCCCUUAAUGAUGGGUGCUUAAUGACAGCAUAACUCUGACAUACUCACAAUACAAUGAAACACACAAAACGCUAUGACAUGGGAAACGUAACUGUCAUAACUUUGAAUAAACAAUCACAAAAUCAGUUAAAGGAACUGAAACAAAGCAGAUGAUGCUUAUUGAGAAAACAGUUCAUUUUUAAACAAUCUCGCUUUGUGCCAUGUAGGAGUUAUUCAGUUAUUGGGUUCCUCAUCCCUUUCUUACCCCAAAAGCUGAAGAAAGUGAAACUCGCUCCCCUUAAGGUAACUCGCCCCAAAAGGUUCGGGUGAGCUUUCGAAAUGAGAAGAAGAAAACAGGAAUAAUCAGCUGCCGCUAAAUUAUGUCUUUAUAGAAAGUCAAACUUUGUAGCCUAAUUGUUGGUUAUAUACAAUAUAUAUAGGAAACAUGCUUGUGAUGCCUUGUUUUCUGGUACAGUUUUAUGUACAUGCAAGUGUAGCUUUUUUUUAAAUUAAGAAAAAAAACAUUGUCAAAUCCAACGACAAGUCUAAAUUGUAAGAUAUUUUUCCCAAUAGGGUAUGUUAGGGUGUGAGUGGUCAGGUUUUGCAGAAAUGGUGAGGAUGCUGACUCUGUCUCAAACCUCUUCUGUAACUACUCACUGGCUUUACGGCUUUUUACUCUGUUUCAUUUGAUUUUUUAUUUGAUCUUUAUUGCAAAAUAGUGGCUUUGAGGAAAUCUGGUUCUAUGUUCGUUUUUAGCCUAAUUAGUUUUUAUUAUGUUAAGAUCAGUAUCUGCAUGUUUGAACAAUAAAUGUGGUCUUUUAUUUUUGCUGGGCAAAUCAAAGAAACAAUAUCUUGUAAUUAUCCUUCCUUAUAGCUUUACAAUAAAAUACAUUCAA